GCUGUCACUCAUCACAGUCGCUUGUUGUGUUCGCUGCCUGAAAACGCUGAAAGAGGAAACUAAAGACACGUUUUUAUUGGUCGACGAGAGAUUAAAAUCACAGUUAUGACAAAACUGUAACAUUAGAUCUGGAUCCAGUGGAUAAAAUCUGACAUUCCUUCCAUCUGACCUGCAAAGAGACAUGGACAAGACGUCACAGCCAGCAGCACAGGUGAGCUCGGAGCAGCAGCAGCAGCUGUCUCCAAACACCAGAAGGAGCUUCAGCUUCUCAUCGUUCCGUAUUAAAAAAAGGAGCAACAGUAAUGAAGAGGGAGGAUUCUCCCGCCGCAGAGGGCUGCUGUCUUUCUCUUCAGUACGGGAAACAUCCAGGAAAGAGUCGGCCCCAGAAGAAGGAGGAGCUUCUCAGCCGUUCCGUCCUCAGGAUCACCUGAAACACUCAGGUGAGCAGCCUAAAGGUGACAUCAUCUCUGAUGUGGCUGACAAACACGCAGCUGAAGAUGAAGAUGGACAACCAGGAGCCCUGAAGAGGCUCAGCGCCAUGUGGUCCUCCUUCAGGAGGAGACGAGACAGAGUGAAGGACCAGGAGGCAGCAGAACCGGAGGAGCCGGUCCCAGCAGAGAACUCCUCCAGGCAGCACCGCUACGUCAGUGGUCAGUACUUCUUUGAGUAUCUGGUGGUGGUCAGCCUGAAGAAGACCAAGGACGGAUCCACAUACCAGCCCCAGAUCACCUACCAGUUCCCUAAGAGAGACGGGAUGGCCCGGUUCCAGAGGGAGGAGGAGGAGAAGAUCUUCAAGGCCAUCACGCUCUUCUGUUUCCCAGAAGGCAUCAGCUGGGCUCCUCUCACAGAGUACCACAGUGAGACGUUCUCCUUCGUUCUGACGGAGGUCGACGGCAGCAGGAAGAACGGAUACUGCCGGAGGUUACUGCCUGGAGGGAAAGGAGCCCGGCCCCCCGAGGCGUACUGCAUCAUCAGCACGCUGGCCUGUUUCGGCCUCUUCUCCAAGAUAUUUGACGAGGUGGAGAAGCGGCGGCAGAUCUCCAUGGCGAUGAUCUAUCCAUUCAUGCAGAAGCUGCGUGAGUCUCCAUUCCCAGCUCCAGGAAACACCGUGGAGAUUAAGAGCUUCAUUCCUGAGUCGGGCACCGAGAUCAUCAGUCUGACUCGGCCGCUGGAUUCUUGGCUGGAACACGUAAACUUCUCCACGCUGUUUGGCUGCCUGACAGACGAGGAGGUGCUGCUGGUGUUUGCUGCUGCCGUCCUGGAGAGGAGGAUCGUCUUCAUCGCUGAGGAGCUCAGCACGUUGUCUCAGGUGAUCCACGCGGUGGCGGCGCUGCUCUACCCCUUCACCUGGCAGCACACCUUGAUCUCCAUCGUCCCCGAGAUCCUGAUCGACGUGGUGAUGGCGCCCACGCCCUACCUGCUGGGGGUCAAGAAGACCCAGCUGGAGCUGGUCACCGACCAGAGCUUUGAUCUGCUGGUGGUCGAUCUGUCUGAUGAUAAAAAGGAAACCUUCAUUGUUUCAAUUGGGGAUGAAAGCUCGAUUCUGCCCCCGAAACUCCAGAGUGAGAUCCUGGAGGCCCUCAGUGGAAGACAGAAAGCUUCAACGGUGGAGGAGAUAAACCGCGUGGUGUCCGAAGCGUUCCUGCAUUUCUUCGUGAAGACGGUCGGCCAUUACUCGUCCUACGUGAAGCGCGGCCGGGCCGGAGAACCCGGCGUCUUCGAGAAGAGAACGUUCUACAAAGCCAUCGACUCCAAGACGACGCGCCACUUCGUCAAGAAGUUCAUCCAGACGCAGAUGUUUGACCUGUUUAUCCAGGAGGUGGAGCAGCAGCAGCCUGGACCCCAGCAGGGAAUAUUCCACAAAAAGAUCGUUGAAUACCAAGAGAAGAAGAAAAGGGAGAAGAAGAAGAAACACUAGCGGCGGUCGAGGCUCCAGCUGUAAAUAAAGACGUUCAUAGGAAAAGAUGUGAAUGUUUCUCUGUGUUUUAUGUAAUAAUAAUAAUAAUAAGUCUGUAAACAAUGUGUGAAUUACUGUUCGGCUGCGUUGCUGCUACUCUGUCAAACACUGGCAGGACGAGAGAAACUUGUUGCUGGUGAGCAGGAAAAUCAUUUCAAAUAAAGAUUAGUUUUUUAAGUCCA